AUGGCGCGCGCCCCUGGCGUGCCGGAGGGGCUGGAUGUGUCGAAGUGGCAGAUCAUCUAUCCCAACUACAUCAACUCGAAAAAGACGGUCCAGGAGGGCCGGCGAAUAGGCCUCGACAAGGCAUGUGAGCAUCCCAGGGCUUUCGAGAUGGCUGAGGUCUGCGAGCACCUGAAGAUUCCGCACAUCUGCGAGCCUCAUAAGGCCUAUCCGAAAGACUGGCUGAUUCGAGGGCGGGUGCGGAUCUUGCUGAAGACACCCGAGGGUGCCUUUACCCAUCAAGAGAUCCACACCAAGAAAGAAGUGAUGCUGAAGAUGGGGGAGCUGAUCCCAAAGCUUGCUGGGCGAAAGAAUGGCCCACCGGGCCCGGACAUCCCAGGGCUUGGCAUGGCGGCGCCCUCGGGAUCUGGAUCUGCCUCCUCGGCGGCGGCACCCACCACCAAGGAGGCCAAGAAGGAGGCGAAGAAGGAAGAGAAGAAGGCGAACAAGAAGAAGAAAUGA